AUGGCCAUGACGGACGAGACGGAUGACAGCGGGGGCGUCAUCCUGGAUGGUCCGUUCGACCCUGAUGCCCAGGCGACUGUGACCGAUUUCAUAGACUAUACCGAAUACCUCCCUGCCGACCUCAUCCGCUCCUUGACCCUCAUCCGCGGCCUCGAUGACCGAUACCUCGACUCGGCGCAGGGAGUACAUCAGCUCACCCAAAUCUAUGGCCAACUCCCCGAGCUUCCAGCAGACCAAAGACCCAGUGCCAUCGAGCUGCGCAAGGAUAUCUCGCUUCAGCUAGAUCGCGCAAUCAAUGCGCGCGAGUCUGCGUAUGCUGAGGCCUGUCGCCUGUACGACGUAGUAGAUCGUCACUUCGACCGACUGGGUUGUAUCCGCCAGAAGCUAGAAGCACUUCCGAAACCGCCAUCAUCGGAACCGUCACCGGUGCCCGAGCCCACACCGAAGCGUGCACGUACAACAAAGAAGCCAGAAGGAACAAACCCGACGCGCAUCACCCUUCGCGUCGACAAUCGCCGACCCAGAGAUCACAAGAGGAGAAAGUACCACAUGGGCCUUGAUGGAGCAGGAUUCGACCCCGACUCCCCGAUUGCCAGUACUGAGCAAUCAGAUGCGGAGACCGAUCUCGCUACAAUCAUUCCUAAGCCAUCUAGACCGAAGAAAGAAAAGCCACGUCGUCAAAGUUCGGGCAAUGGACAAUCGACUGCUCAAGCUCUUGCGCAAUUAAAACCACCACCUGAGGAUGCCAAGUUGGGUAGCGAAGACUUGCCAUGGCUGCGACUCACUGAAUGGGAAAUGACACGAUUGCGAAAGAAGAUGAAAAAGAAUGCUGUAUGGCAACCCAGCGAGGUGAUGAUUCACCGCGAGCUGGCACUUGCAAACCGAGGGUGGGAAGCCUACAGGUUAGCCAAGGCUUUUGCGGAAGAGACGGGGGCGGAGUUCAUUGACUGCGACAACAUUGAGCAAACUCGCCGGGGCGAGGCUGCCAAAGAUCUGGAAGAAACGAAACUGAGCAAUCGCGGAAUGAAGCUGAACGAAGCGAAGAAAUUGAAGCGAGAACAGUUGGCUCGUGAACAGGCCUUGAUGGAUGGCGAUGGAGUUUUGCCCAAGGCUAUACAAAGCCCCGCGCAGCCAACACCUGCUGCUAAUCGGUCUUCGCGAAAAAGAAAGAGAGAGGAGGCUAUGAUCGAAGUGCCUGAAGCUGCCAUUCCCGAGCCUGCUCCCGAACCGGUGCCUACGGCAGCCCCAAUUUCUGCACCGACACCUGCACCCGUGCCAGCAACCUCUUCUCGAUCUGGCGCUCGACGUAGAUCCAGUCGAGGUGCCAUACCAACUUCAGAAACCGGUAACAAAACCGUCACUCUCAUCAAAACCCGCGUCUCUCCCCCGGCCGAAGCCCCUGUUUCCCCUCCUCUCCCCAGUCCCACUGGUUCCCGCCGAUCCAAUCGAUCAUUUGUCCUCCCUAUUACCACACCUACUCCUCCCGUGACCCGGCCUUCUUCGCGACGUUCAGUGGCAGCAGCAUCAAUUGAGACAGGAACUCUGAAUGGAAUCCAUGCCGCUCUAACAACCAAUGUCCGCGAUCAACGCAUCAAGAGCGCAACACCCACCCACAAACCUCAGAUUCGCGAAUCAUCUCAUGCCCCGAGCGUUCAAGGUCCAGACCGUAGACGAAAGCGUCCUGCGCCAGGUCCCAUUUCCUCUGGUCAGGAUGGCGGAGCAGCGGUGAGCUAUGGACGCCGAAAGGCCAAACCAGGAAAGAAACGCAUCAAUGUUCGCGAUUCUCAGGAUGUUCGGGUCGAUGAAGACGGCGUGCUCGAGCAGAUUGAUGUCAAUGAGCCUCGAUAUUGCCUCUGUGGAGAUGUCAGCUUUGGCACAAUGAUCUGCUGCGAGAAUCAAGAUUGUGACCGAGAAUGGUUUCAUCUUGACUGUGUUGGUCUGACCGAGGUUCCCUCUCGCACGGCAAAGUGGUACUGUCCACAGUGUCGGAUCAAACUUCAUAAGGGAGAGGACGGUAUUAUCAAGGGGGGGUCACGACGUUAG